CGGGCGCACCCACUGACUGACAGCUCGCGCCUCGGCGCCUCCUAAGGACCCGGCUGCUCGCGGGCGGCGUAGUCGCCGCUGCUGCAGGUCGGACGCCGUUGCCUGCUGCCGGGUCUCCCGCCGUACGGACGCCGCUGCGAUGCCAUAGGGCCACCCAGCUGCCCUAGAAGACUCGCCCUUUGUGGCUACUGUGUGUGCCUGGCAGGCUCCCACCGACGCACCUCAGAGGCUGCCCUGACAGCCUGCCCGCACCAUGGAGGCCCCAGAGGUGCCUGUGGGCUCUCUGAUUGACUUUGGGACUGAGCCGCCAGCCUCCCCUCCCCUGGAGGCCGCACCCCCAGCCCCCCAGGACAGGGACGGCUCCCUGGGCGAUGGUGCAUCUGAGAGUGAAGCCACGGAAUCCGCAGACAGCGAGAACGACAUGGGCGAGUCACCCUCGCACCCCUCCUGGGAGCAAGAGCGCCGCUCCUCCUCCAGCGAGUCCUUCUCCUCCACCCAGAGUGCGGAGUCCACCCAGGAUGAGGAGACCCAGGCACUCCGCGAGUUCAUGUGCAGCUAUGUGGAGAAGAUCUUCUCGGGACGGGAGGACUUAGACCAGGAGGAGAAAGCCAAGUUCGGAGAGUACUGCAGCAGUGAGGAUGGCAAGGGCCGGGAGUGGUUCGCCCGGUACGUGAGUGCCCAGCGCUGCAAUUCCAAGUGUGUGUCUGAGCCGACCUUCUACCGCCUGGUGCAGUCCUUCGCCGUGGUGCUGUUUGAGUGCCAUCAGAUGGAUGACUUCGGGCCCGCCAAGAACCUCAUGACCAUGUGCUUCACCUACUAUCACAGCGGCAAGCCGCACCUGCUGCCUGCGGAGCCCAGGGAGAAGGUGGCUGGCAGCAUCGAUGCCUACCUGAAGUCUGCCAACAGCUGGCUGGCCGAGAAGAAGGACAUUGCUGAGCGGCUGCUGAAGAACACGGAGCACGUGAAGGGCUUCUUCGGGGGGCUGGAGACCAAGCUGAAGGGGCCCUUGGUCAGGAAGAACGAGGAUGAUGAGAACAAACCCAAGGACAAGCAGCCCAAGACUGUGACGGUGCCCAGCCCCGAGGAGGAGCCGAAGGGGGAGAAGAUCUACCUGUACACGCACCUGAAGCAGCAGCCCAUUUGGCACACGCUGAGGUUCUGGAAUGCCGCCUUUUUCGACGCGGUCCACUGUGAGAGGAGAAAGCGGUCCCCCACCACCAGAGGGGAUGCUGGAGAGCAGGAGGACAAGAGGGAGAAGUGGUGCCACAUGACCCAGGAGGAGCGGGACGACAGUGUGCGGUUCAAUGAGAACAUCACCUUCGGGCAGCUGGGCACCUUCACCCACAACAUGCUGGCCUUUGGGCUGAGCAAGAAGCUCUGUGGCGACUUCCUCAAGAAGCAGGCUGUGAUCGGCAACCUGGACCAGGAGCAGUACAAGCUGCUGAGCGACCACAUUGAGCAGAUGGCCGCCGAAUAGGAGACCGAGGGGGGCGCCGCUCUCCGGGCCAGCAGCUGGCCGCCACCCUUGGAGUGGCCCUGCAUGUCACCGGCAGCGCCGGAGCCGCCCUUGCUGCCCAGAACUAGCGAUUAGAAGACCCGCUGCCCGUCCUCCUUCUGCCCUCUGCCCGUGUCUGCACCCCCAUCCGCGUGCCAGCGUCUCGAGACCCCCCGCCCCCAAGUGCCAGGCUUGUGAGAUGAGCCCAAGAGGAGGGGAAGGCGGCCGCAGCCAGGGUGGGCCCAGGGCAGCCUCUGCACAGCGGCCCGCUGAGGGCAGAGUGGAGGCGUGGGCACAGAGGUAGGCCACCCCGCUGAGACGGCCAAGCAGGCACAGAGCAGCUUCAGGGUCAGUUGUGGCUGCUUGGCCUUCCUGUCUCCCUGUGUGUGAUGGGGCUGGAGGUCACAGGAGCCCGGGGUACAGACACUUCUUGUCCUAGGGGCGGAAGGAUGCAGGGCAGGGACAGUCUGCAGCGUGAGACCCGCCACCCUCGCAGGGCCGUGGGCGCCCUGUGCAUCCCAGUCGCCGAGGAGCUUGCAGGGCCUGAGAUGCAGAGAAAGUCGCGCCACACGGGGACGGCACCCAUGAGGGCAGGGAGAGAGUCCUGUGGCCGCUGCAGAGGACGGCGCUGUGCCGGCUGGCGAUAGCACGGCGCGCCCUGGCCUCCCUCUCCAGGUGCCGGACCCGCAGCCCGCUCUGUCUCUUCCCACAGACCUCACAGAUGCAGCCUUUGUCCUGACCCAGGCCUGGACUGCGACCCCGCCACGCCCUGCCCAGCCCUUGGAAGGGUCUCAGCCAUGCUUCCCUCCCUGCCCCUCAAGUACACAUUAAACCCUGCACCCCACUGUCCUCUAGGGAGCGCCUCCCCAAUCGGCGCAGAGCAGGGCUUGCGGCUGAGCCCUGGAGCAUUUGUGUCCCCACGAUGGCCGCAGAGGGGGUGGCAGUGGGGGUUCGCAGCGGGUGGCUUGGUGUGUGCGUCACGUCAGCCAGUCUCAGUCCCCUGCGCCCUCUGGGCCUCUGGGUCUCAGCUGAGUCUGGCCCUCUGCUAAAUCCAGUCAAAUCAAGGGUACAGGCUUCAAUCUCUCUAGUGCCACCUUCUGGACAUCUGCUCCCUGGAGUGAGGGCGCCAGGCCCCGAGGGCAGGCAAGAGGUCUUUCCCACUCCUGGGUGUUCCUGGAAGCGCACAAAGACCUUGCCCAGGGGCCAGGGGUUUAGUUCAGUGGUGCGGCUGCUGCCUGCCUUGCCUUGAUCCCCAGUACCAAAAAAAAGAGGAAAGCCCUUGCCCCAGGUGGUCAGGAUGUGGCCUUGUGUGGUGGUUCUCCAGGGUCUGCUUUCUGGGGAGACGGCACCGGUGGAGACGCUGGAAGCCAGCACAGCCUUGGGCAGGAGCGCGUCUGGCUCCUGGCUUUCCAGGCCCUUGGCCUUCAGGAGUGCCCUUGACCUCUCCAGGCGGCACCUUGAGGAGGAGGAAGGGACGCUGUGUCUUUCCUGGCUCCUGCCCAGCUGGGGUCAGUCUGACUCCGAGAAGUGCGACCUGCAGUGGGCACUGCCAAAUGGGGGCUUGCAGGGCUUGUCCUUAGCAGGGCUCUUUGUGCAGCAUGGCUCUGUGUUUUCACCAUUGUUGGCGAUUUGGGGGUUCCCUAGGCGCCACAUUUAUCCCCCAAAUGUACCUGCUGUGUGUGCACACCACCAUCCCAGCCACACACAGGAGAAUGGGGUUCUGGCAUCUCAGGGGACCUGUGCAGUGACAAGUGCAGACUGCGAUUUUCCUGUUGCCUAAAGAGCAGCUGCAGAGCUCGGAGUGACCAGAGGGGAGCAGAGGAAGGGUAGUGUGGAGAACCAGCAUGCGUUAGCACGGCAGGGCUCAGGUUCGUCCCAAAACGUAGGCUGCAUUUAGAACCAGCACCGCCAGAGCCCCGAGUGAGGGCAGAACGGGGCCCGGCUGGCGCCCACUUCCACAGCGUGGUCGGGGCACAGCGCUCUCACAUCGCGGGGCUGCUGCUGUGAGGCCAGCGCCCCUGUGGGUCCGGGUGUGGAAGGGGCGUCUGUGACCUGGCCAUGGAGGCCGAGCAGGGAGGGACAGAAGGGUCAUUUCCACAUUGUCCAUGGCGCCAUCCUCCACCCGCGUCUCUGGGCCCACGGGCCACCUGCUCCCAGGAGGGCAGAAGAAUCCCAGGGCCUCCGAGGGCCGGGCCACAUCCGGGCCAGUGAGGGCUGCCUGGUUCUGGGAAGCGGGAUGAGGGCAGAGAGGCCUGGCUGUGCCCAUGGGACGGGAUGUCGGCAAGCGGCUCCCGAGGGGCUGCUGGGCCACCUGAUCGACAGCCCCAGGCUCCCCCCGAGCAAAGCCCCUCGCUCUCCCUCCCGAGUCCUGGCGGGGACCCUGCACGGUGACCAGAGGGGCUCCCGUCCCGACCCCUUCCCAUGACCCAGGACGGGGCGGCCCCUCUCUGCCCUGGGCCGGAAGGAUGUGCUCACGGGAUAGACAUGGGGACGGUGCUGGGACAGGGCAGGGCCUCUCGGCAGUGUGUCCAGGUCCCUGCCGGGAGGGCGCAGUGGAGCCUGGGGCUGUCACCUCCAGUGGCCCGGUCCCAGCCCCUGAGGACGCAGUUGGCUGGCAAUCCCCGUGACGCACGGCACCUUCCCGUGCUGACUUCUGUCUCUGUCUCUGUCCCCCACAUGGUCUGGGACCCGCCCUUGCCUCUGGCCUUUGGUCCUCUGUGGUCGCCCCUGUGGUACCAGCAUCUCAUUGUCACUGUUAUGCAAUCCUGCAAGAGUCCCUCGGGGUGAUGUUCUAAAGUGAUAUUUUAAGGCCGAGAAAGUUCCCAGGUUGGAGUUGGCAAAGCAGUGCUGACAUCAAAGUUGUUUCUUGUGAAGAAGAAAAAUAUGUGUGUGUGUAUAUAUAUAUUGCACCUUGGGUGGUCAGAAAGUGGAAACUGAAAUAAAUUAUCUUUUAGAAGAAAA